UGUGCUUCCUGCCGCGGCGCCGCGGGGCGGGAGGGCCGGGCCGGGCGUAGCGGCUCCGCCGCGGCCUUGGCUGCCACGUCAGUGCCGCCGCCCUGCGCCGAGAUACCGGCGGUGCCCGCGCCCGCCCGGCCGGGGAUAUGGGCGGGGGUCGCUGCCGGGCCGCCUCCGGAGCUCCGCCGGGCACGCAGGUGGCUGCGAGGGGAGGACGCGGCGGGGACUGCGGGGCUUCGGCCGCCCGAGGCUGUGUUCAGUAUCCUGCAUACUGUGAGCCUGUUACAUACUUUACUUAUGGCAACUUCCUUUGGAGGAAGUUGUAGCCCAUCCUGCUGUAGGCUUGGAAGUGUAUGCAGAAUACUUUUGUGGAAACAACUAACUAGAAAUAUUCACAACAUAUUCAAGAAAUAUAUUUGGCAAUAAUGAACCAAAUGGACAAAAAUCAACAGGAAGUCCCAUCAUACCUUCAUGAUGAACCACCAGAAGGGUCACUCAAAGGCCACCCGCAGCAGCAGGCUGGCAUGCUUUCUCGUGUGACUGGUGGCCUCUUCAGUGUCACAAAGGGAGCUGUCGGUGCCACGAUUGGGGGCGUUGCUUGGAUUGGAGGGAAGAGCUUGGAAAUUACCAAAACAGCAGUCACAUCUGUGCCUUCCAUGGGAGUGGGUCUAGUGAAAGGAAGUGUUUCUGCUGUAGCUGGAGGCGUUACAGCUGUAGGAUCUGCUGUUGCAAGUAAAGUGCCUUUAACAGGAAAGAAAAAGGACAAGUCCGACUAAAACCAAAACUGAGACAUACUCAAUUCUCCAGAAUAUUGCAUCAGUGGCAUUAAAAUCUGCGAAGAUUGGGACCAUGAGAAGCCAUGUGUCUUAGACACUUUAUCUUCUAACGAGUUGUGCAAGUAACUCGAUUUCAUCUGAAAAGGACAGAAGAAGCUUGGCUAGCACAGCGUAUGAGGAUUUAUUAGAGCCUAGAUUGAAGCUUUGUAUCUGGUGAAAUGUUACACUUGAUAACUAUAGAAGUGAGUGUAUCUGAAGGAAUAAUACGUAUUUGAAUAGUUAUUUACUGUACGUCUUCUGCAGUUUUGGACUAAAAUGUGAAUGUAGAAACUCGGUAGUCUCUGUGAUGCCAUCGAUACAAUGAGAUGCCAAUUACUGUUCUCAGUGGUUUCCACAUCCUCCUGCUAAGGAUCCUUCAGCUGUGUAAAAGCACUGUUGGACAUACCCAGUCUUGGUUAUGUACAGGCAGCCUGUAAACUAUUCCUGACUGCAUUCUGCCAGUGAAGACUGGAGCAGAGACUGGAGGUGUGCAGGAAUUGGAAAUGAGAAUGGGAGAUAGAAGUGUAAAAGUUUAACAACAUGGUAGAAAGUCUCAGAAAGAGUGAACUAUCUUAACGCCUUACUGGAAUAAAAUACCUUUUUACUAGGUGAAGCUGUGUAAAGAACUGUCCUGUCGUUUCAGUACAGUUUACAGAAUGAGCCUUAGGCUCUUUAUAAAUCCUUAUAUCUGAAACUUUGUCAGUUUUUACUGAAAAUGUGAUUGCUUCAUCUCAGGUGUAUUUAAUAAUAUGCAUCUAUCUCCUACAAGUGAGACCUUGCUUCUAAUGAACUUCUUAUAGACGCUAGAAAAAAUGACAGCCUGUGGAAACUGGGCUGAUGUUUGUGGUCAUCUAGCACAGCUGUCUAACUGGCUAGGAAUUCUUGUGUAGCUGGAAACCACUGAAGAACUAGCAAAGCUGUUCUCUCAACUCCGUGACACACCAGGUUAGCUUUUUGCUCUGUUUAGGCAAAUGCAAGGAAAUUUUCACUACGUUUCUUGUACUUUCCACUUUGAUUUUUGAGUAAAAUGCAAUACUUGUAUUUAAAACAAACCAAAAACUGUAGAUGAGGCCUUAAAAAAAUGAAACACGAUUCAAGUAAUUUGUAUACUGACAGAUUCCAAAUGUUGACACCUCAAAUGGGAAUACCUGUACAUCCUCUGCAGCAUGUGAGGCAAAAUGCACUUGUAAUGGCACAACGCGAGGUUGCCUUAAAAUAGAAACCAUUUGUGAUCUUUUAUUUGUGUACUGUUUUUGCAGGUAUGUCACCUCUUUAGAAGCCCAUGGAAGGCGUCUGUUCAUGUUGUGUAUGCAGUAUUUUCUAAAAACUUGUGUUUCUAUGGAGAACUUGUACGCUUACUUUUUUCAGUGGCUGUGGUUGUACUAGAAGGUUAUAUGAGGGGGACUUCUUAAAAAUGAAAAAAACCUGAAACAUAUCACUUGUCAAACUUAAUCCUCUGUUCAUGGGUGUUGAAAGUACACCAUGUCUCAAUUAUGGUACUGUAGUCACCCAAUCUCCUGAGCCAUUGGUACUUCAACAGC